CAAACCACAGUGAGCACCCUCCCUCGGCAGGCUCAAUGAAAUGUAUUUCUCAGCUCAGCCUCUCGAAAUUACACUCCACUAAACAACAUGCCGUUUCCGCAUUCCCACGACGCGCUUAGUUCUGUGAAUGUGAUCCAUCCAAACGCAGAACCGGUUCCACCUGAUCCCCAACUGCUGUGAAGUGCACUGCGAAAAAACGAAGAAGGGACAUCACAGUAGUGCUGUGUAGCGUCGUUCAACGAUCUGAGGAGAUAGCCUACUGUAAAAGAGCACUGAUUCAUUUUUACUUUUAACGUCGUGUUCAGCCCACGCAUACUCUGGAUACCUCCGCCGUUGCCGCGAGAGCCCGAGGAAUCGGCUUGGGAUGGAGGACUGUUGUCGCACUUGUAUGCCAUGUUGUAGUAGGAUAUGGAACUGGAUAUGGCCCGAAUUUCACUAUCCGAACAUAACACGACCAGCAGAAAUCCGGACAGUCUCAGGUGAUAUCAGUGUCCCAGCUCCCAAGAAAAAGCCAACGCAGCUUUAUGCGGCUUUGUUUGAUUUCGAAGCCAGGAGCGAGGAGGAGCUCACUGUGAAAGAAGGUGAUAAACUGUCGGUCAUCGAAAAGCGGGGUGAUUAUGUGCUUGCCAAAAAACUUACCGGCACAUUGGAGUCAGGACUACUACCGGCUAACUAUGUAGCUUUGGUUCAAGAUGAAUUUGCAAAAUACAAAUGGUACUAUGGGAACAUCAACAGACAGAAGGCUGAAAAACUUCUCCUGGCCCAACAGAACAAGAAUGGCUCUUUCUUGGUGCGCAUCAGCGAGAGCCACAGCGACGAGUACACCAUCUCAGCCAGAAAUGAAGGCCAAGUGUAUCAUUUUCGUAUACGCCGGUCAGCGAUUGGUGCCUACUUUGUGUCUGACAAGAUCUCCUUCGCCACUCUGGACGAGCUUAUCCGGUACUACCAGAGCAACAGCAAGAGCCUGGGCUGUCCCCUGGACCAACCGUGUGUUCAGCAGCGGGAGCUAUUCGACAUGGAGCCAUGGGAGCGGCCGCGGGAGGAGUUCAAGCUGCAGCAGAAGCUGGGGGAGGGGCACUUUGGAGAGGUGUGGGAGGCAGCAUGGACCAGCAAGAACCAGAAGGUGGCCAUCAAGAUGCUAAAACAAGAGGACACCAAGCAGGAUGAGUUCAUAAAAGAGGUGCACGCGCUGAAGAACCUGCACCACCCCAAACUCAUCCAGCUGCUGGCCAUGGUCUCCCGCGGCGAGCCUGUCUACAUUGUCACCGAGCUCAUGAGCAAGGGCAGCCUCAAGUCUUACCUGGCCACCCCCGAAGGUCAGAUUCUGACCUCUGCCCAUCUCAUCUACAUGGCCAGCCAGGUGGCGGAGGGCAUGGCCUACCUGGAGGACCGGCACAUCGUCCACCGCGAUCUGGCUGCCAGGAACAUCCUGGUCGGUGAUGACCUCAUCUGCAAAGUUGCCGACUUUGGUCUGGCUCGCAUCAUAAAGGACAGCGUGUACACGGCCAGCAGAAGCACAAAGAUCCCUGUGCGCUGGACGGCCCCCGAGGCGGCCCUCUACCAGCGAUUCUCUGUCAAGUCAGACGUCUGGUCCUUUGGCGUGCUGCUCUAUGAGAUGAUGUCACGAGGGAAGAUGCCAUACGAUGGGAAAAGUAAUAAGGAGGUGCUUGAGAUCCUGGCAUCGGGCUACCGGUUACCCAGUCCGCACAAGUGCCCGCCCAACAUCUAUCGCAUAAUGCUGGAGUGCUGGAAUCCAGAGCCCUCGAAGCGUCCAUCCUUCCACGCCUUGCACAGCCAGCUGGAUAACAUCUACUCCAGACUCUACUUCAAAACCAUAGAAGUGUAAACGUCGUGGAGCGCGGACCAGUGGAGAAGAAAAUCAGAAAUGGAAAUGGGAUGAGGUCGAGAGAGAGACAGAGACAGAGAGACCUGUUUUAAGGGACUGUAUGGAGUCACUAUAUCACCAGUAUAUGCAAAUGGACACUUUUUUGUGAUGGCGUAGUGGUGUCCAUUUUUACCUUUAUAAUAUAUUUCACUUACUUGUGUUUCCUAAAGGUCAGUCCCAGGCUUUUAUUUAAUUCAUUUGUUUUUAAAUGAGGUUAUGUGCAAUAACAAGCCUGCAGCUACUCCAUGCUUUCUCUCAUGGUGUCCAAGGGUGAAGGGUGGGUGGGGAGGGGCACUGGAGUAUGAGUGGGUCUAAUUAGAGUAGUAGUCUUAGCAAAGCUGGCAUCCGGUUCAAUACAAACGAGCUUGAGAGGUAUUACUCAUAAUAUAGAUCUGAGGUUGAGAUGUUUCAGACAUGAUGGUCUGUUGAGCUCCAAAGUUAGCUGUGAGUCACCCAUCAUUCCCUGGCUUGUUCAAGGUUUUUUUUAAGGUGCACUCCAGCUACAUUUAAAUGGACUGACUUUCCAUCAAAUUUGCUUUUGAUUGAAGUAGUGUUCUAUUUUUAGUGGACAUAAAAGGACGGCUCUGGACUGAGCACUGGUGCAUCGCGAGAGUAUCCUUAGUAACACGCAGACUGAGGAGGAGUGACUGAGUUAUAGGCGUUACUUUAUGAGUGCAUAUUUUGAGAGGAGGUUUAUCAUUUGCAUUUUAACACAUAAGAAAUGUGUGAUUCAGUGGUGGACUGCUUUGCAUAGACCUUUGAAACCCCAUUAGUUCUGGAGUGCACUUUUCACCAGAGAGAGGAUCUAACGCAGAAUGUUACAGUGCUGGAAUUGGGCGAAUCCCCUCAGCAUCGAAGGCCAGCAGACAGGUCAUCAGAAGAGAGCCAAUGUUUACAGAGAACUCACGUGCCAGCCGUGGACUUUCUCACCACACCCAUACAGACACUCACGCACAUAUGUACACACUCCUCUGGGUUGGUGUGAAAAGCAGGAGUUCUAGCCAUUUAGAGUCUUUAUUAAGGAAAUGUAGCUGAAUAUGGCAUGUUGGUUUGUGCAUGGUUGCAUAUGGUGGUUGAAGUGUUUAAGUGACCCUUAAAAGGGGUAUUAUAAAUGUAUAUUUAAUAAUAAAUAAUGAAAUCUGUGGAGCAAUGCAAAGGUGUUAAAAAUGGAAGGACAUACUGUAUAUGGACUAUAAAUGGAAGCACAGGAGCCAUACAAUCAAAUUCUUCCUUAUAUUUUCUGUUCUUCCAACUUGUCAAAUGACUUUUAGUCUUCCUGAAGAUGUGUCUGUCAAAGAAAUUUUGCUUUUGCCAACGACCUUCUGAAGCAAGUCAUGAGUUGUCAAUAUGAAAUUAAUAUUUUUCAAUAAAUGUUGACCAACAUGUA